UGUCAAUCUGUAUUGUGUAUCAGGAAAAGAUUCUCAACCGAGAACUUUCUCAAUGACUUUAAUCUCAGAUUCAUUUUUAAGUAUUGCCUUUUUGUAAGUCUUUUGAAUGUCUGUAAUGUCCAAAUCUUAUAUUAAAUGGAAAAUCCUUUUAUUUUGUUCUUCCAUAACAUCUUUUCCAUCCAGAGCUAUUCUUCUGAAUUAUGGACCAAAAACACAUUAGUGGUUUGUAUUGGUGUCUUGAGCUGUAUUUUUCGUGAGCCGUGUCUUAUUUUGUUGAGGGUGACUGCUCAUCCUCAGUGUAGUUCAGAUGACUUUUUGCAUCUUGUUCAGAUAAAUACAUUUGCUCAAAUGCCUUUGGAUACAAUUUAUUUUCUCUCCCUUCUCAUCUCCCUUAACUUACCCAAGGUCUGUAUUCAGGGAAAUAUGUUACUAUUUUUUUGUGUCCUGUCUAUAUUUCUAUGUAGAAAUGAUUCUUAGUAAUCUAAAGAAGAAGAAAAAAUACAAUUACAUUAAUUACAUAAACUAUGUAGAAUGCCUUUGCUAUUAAGAAAGCCCAAUCAAAUGCAAAGUUAUCAUCAAAGAGUCAUAGAGCUGGAAGGAAUUUCAUAAAUGUAAGAGAUUUUCAUUAUUAGAUCCAGUAGCCCAAAUUAUUUACUUUCAGGAUUAGGUAACUGAGGCCCCAAAAUUAGCUGCUAGAAACAGAGCUAGGAUUUGAACCCAGAUCUGGUUCUUGGUUUCAUGCCAGAUGUGAAGGCCCUUUAGCAAGGAUGUAUCACUCCAUUGGUCUCUGGGUUUGGUGUGUCGGAUUAUAGCUGGUUCUUUCUAGCUAUUUAGGUGAGAACUCAUCCUUCCUCCCUGAGCUGUGUGGUUGAUUGAAAAGAAAAGUCUUUCUUCUGCCAAAAAUAAACUGUUAGUUAUUUUUCUGCCUAUCACACUGGCGUGUUUCUUUAGUGGAGAUAAAGGUAAUAUGAUAAAUGGCACAAAAUGGAGGUGUAGGAGCAUAUAAACGGCUCUCAUAGUAGCCAGUAACCCCUGCUGCCGCUUUUAGCUUGCUGUGGCUGGUAUUAUUUAUGACACUAAUCUUGUCAUUGGAUUGUGGGCAAGGGUGUCUGACUUCUGGGAUUUUAUCUGUUCUUAUGCUUUUUAUGGUGUAUAUGUAUCUGGGAAUGAAUGUGUUUGAUACUGUGGAAAUUAUUUAAAAAUUUUAUUGUCCUUAUUUACAUUUUGGUCUCUCUUGAUCAACUGGGUGGCAUAUUUUUUGUCUCUGCAGUUAACUCGGUGUUGGAGUUGUAUUAUUAAUUCAGUCUGUAAUUAUUUAAUCUGAAGAGUCUUUGUUUCCUGACAGUCCAACACCGUGAUCUUUUAUGAUUCAGUAAGAUCUUUUCUGAUAGAGUUGUUUCAUUAGUUUUAUUCAGUUCUUGAUUUAGUUAUUUGGGGAGAGUUGUUUUGUACUCUUUUAUAGCCACCUUUCUCAUGACUUCCUCUGCAGCAUACGGGCAUCCCAGAUUAUGUUGUUCCUGAUAGAUAAGCCAUUUUUUUUGCCUGUUAUCUUUGUUGACUUCCUAUGGCAAGUACACCCUCGUGACAAGUUUGGGCUUGUCAUCCUGAAGGGCUUUGUGGCCCCAAGACCAAUUUGGUGCCACUUCCUGUUUUACAAUCUCCAGUCUCUUCAUUCCUGAUAAAUCAGCCAAUUUUGGAGUUUCAACAAGUUAUCUUUGUUGUUGGAAAGAUAACCUACCUCACAAAGUGAGAUUUCUUUCUAAAGUCAGGAUUUGAAACUCGAAGUCUGUCACGUUGGGACAGUCCUGGAGUUUAAAUUAGAUUCUGACCUGUGGGGCAUUUUUUGUUAGAAGUUACUGUGCUGCUCUUUUUUUCCUUUAUGGCAAGUACACACCAGUGACAAGUUGAGGCUUGUCAGUGUGAUGGGCUUUGUAGCUUGAAGCCGUAGGUGCCACUUCCUGUUUUACAUUUGAGAAACCGUCUGCUUUAAUAUUAAACAUCUUUAUAGUGGAGCCAGGCAGGUUAGUUUGGUUCUAUCAGUACAGCACUUAACCACCUAUUCUCAUUCGCCCUUCUGGCAACAGAAAAGCAUUUUUUCUCUUUAACUCAUUUAAAUUGAUUUGUUGAAUCAUCUGUACGAAAAGAGAAUUAUCCUGCUAUGCAGAGGUAAUUUCCCCAUGAUUAGUGAUGAUUUGGUCAAUUCUUACCAUCUUCUGCUGUGUGCUUUGGACUUGGUUUAUGGAAAUGCGCUUCAAUGUUCCAACCGUAAAGAACUUGUAAACCCUAAUUUUAAAGGCCUGUCAGAGGAUUUUCAUGCUAAGGAUUCUAAACCUUCCUCGGACCCACCUUGUGUCAUUGAGAAACUCUGUUCCUUACAUGAUGGCCUCGUUUUGGAAGCAAAGGGAAUAAAGGAACAUUUCUGGAAACCCUAUAUUAGGAAACUUUAUGAAAAAAAGCUUCUUAAGGGAAAAGAAGAAAAUCUUACAGGGUUUUUAGAACCUGGGAACUUUGCAGAGAGUUUUAAAGCCAUCAAUAAGGCCUAUGAGGAGUAUGUUUUAUCUGUUGGGAAUUUAGAUGAAAGGAUAUUUCUUGGAGAGGAUGCUGAAGAGGAAAUUGGGACUCUGUCACGGUGUCUGAACACUGGUUCGGGAGCAGAGGCUGCUGACAGGGUGCAGAUGAAAGCCAUCCUCCAGCAGCAUUUCGACAAGUCUAAAGCACUUAGGAUCUCCACACCACUGACUGGUGUGAGGUACGUUAAGGAUAACAGCCCUUGUGUGACCCCAGUUUCUACAGCAACACACAGCUUGAGUCGUCUUCACACCAUGCUCACAGGCCUCAAGAAUGCACCAAGUGAGAAAUUGGAACAGAUUCUAAGGACAUGUUCCAGGGAUCCAACACAGGCUAUUGCCAACAGACUGAAAGAAAUGUAUGAAAUAUAUUCGCAGCAUUCCCAGCCAGAUGAGGAUUUCAGUAAUUCAACUAAAGAAAUUGCCAGCAAACAUUUUCGUUUUGCAGAAAUGCUCUACUAUAAAGUAUUAGAAUCAGUUAUUGAGCAGGAACAGAAAAGACUGGGAGACAUGGAUUUAUCUGGCAUUCUGGAACAAGAUGCAUUCCAUAGAUCGCUUUUGGCCUGCUGCCUUGAGGUCGUCACUUUUUCUUAUAAGCCUCCUGGGAAUUUUCCAUUUAUUACUGAAAUAUUUGAUGUGCCACUUUAUCAUUUUUAUAAGGUGAUAGAAGUAUUCAUUAGAGCGGAAGAUGGUCUUUGUAGAGAGGUGGUAAAACACCUUAAUCAGAUUGAAGAACAGAUCUUGGAUCAUUUGGCAUGGAAACCAGAGUCUCCACUCUGGGACAGAAUUCGAGACAAUGAAAACAGGGUUCCGACUUGCGAAGAGGUUAUGCCACCUCAGAACCUGGAAAGAGCAGAUGAUAUUUGUAUCACUGGCUCUCCUUUGACUCCCAGAAGGGUGAGUGAAGUUCGUGCUGAUACUGGAGGACUUGGAAGAAGCAUGACAUCUCCAGCCACAUUAUAUGACAGAUAUAGCUCCCCGACAGCCAGCUCCACCAGAAGGCGGUUAUUUGUCGAGAAUGAUAGCCCCUCUGAUGGAGGGACACCUGGGCGCAUUCCCCCACAGCCCCUAGUCAAUGCUGUCCCUGUGCAGAAUGUAUCGGGGGAGGCUGUUUCUGUCACUCCAGUUCCUGGGCAGACUUUGGUCACCAUGGCAACAGCCACUGUCACAGCCAACAAUGGACAAACAGUGACCAUUCCUGUACAAGGUAUUGCGAAUGAAAAUGGAGGGAUAACAUUCUUCCCAGUCCAGGUCAAUGUUGGAGGGCAGGCCCAAGCUGUGACUGGCUCCAUCCAGCCCCUUAGUGCUCAGGCCCUGACUGGAAGUUUGAGCUCUCCACAGGUGACAGGAACAACUUUGCAAGUCCCUGGUCAGGUGGCCAUUCAGCAGAUCUCCCCAGGUGGACACCAGCAGAAACAAGGCCCACCUUUAACUGGCAACAGUAUUAGGCCCAGGAAGACCAGCUCUUUAUCGCUUUUCUUUAGAAAGGUGUACCACUUGGCAGGUGUCCGCCUUCGGGAUCUUUGUGCUAAACUGGAUAUUUCAGAUGAACUGAGGAAAAAAAUCUGGACCUGUUUUGAGUUCUCCAUAAUUCAGUGUCCUGAGCUUAUGAUGGACAGACAUCUGGACCAGUUGUUAAUGUGUGCUAUUUAUGUGAUGGCAAAGGUCACAAAAGAAGACAAGUCCUUCCAGAACAUUAUGCGUUGUUAUAGGACUCAGCCACAAGCCCGGAGCCAGGUGUAUAGAAGUGUUUUGAUAAAAGGGAAAAGGAAAAGAAGAAAUUCUGGCAGCAGUGACAGCAGAAGCCAUCAGAAUUCUCCAACAGAACUAAACAAAGACAGAACCAGCAGAGACUCCAGUCCCGUCAUGCGGUCCAGCAGCACCUUGCCCGUUCCACAGCCCAGCAGCGCUCCUCCUACACCUACUCGCCUCACAGGCGCCAACAGCGACAUGGAAGAGGAGGAGAGGGGAGACCUCAUUCAUUUCUACAACAAUAUCUACAUGAAGCAAAUCAGAACAUUUGCCAUGAAGUACUCACAAGCAAACGUAAUGGAUGCUCCUCCUCUCUCUCCAUAUCCAUUUGUCAGGACAGGCUCUCCUCGCCGAAUACAGCUAUCUCAAAAUCAUCCUAUCUACAUUUCACCACAUAAAAAUGAAACGAUGCUUUCUCCUCGAGAAAAGAUUUUCUAUUACUUCAGCAACAGUCCUUCAAAGAGACUGAGAGAAAUUAACAGUAUGAUACGGACAGGAGAAACUCCAACCAAAAAGAGAGGGAUACUUUUGGAAGAUGGAAGUGAAUCACCCGCAAAAAGAAUUUGCCCAGAAAAUCACUCUGCCUUAUUACGCCGUCUCCAAGAUGUAGCUAAUGACCGAGGUUCUCACUGAGGUUAGUCUGUUGUAUUGAAAUUAUCUUUUCACAAACCCUGUCCAGCAGCACCAUUUAAUGCAUGCUCGAGUAUGGGGCUCUUUUCCUAAUCUUCCAGUAUCCUCUUUGGAUAUUUCUACUCAUCCCAGCUGCCUUUUUCCUACCACUCAGUGCUUGCCAUCAAGACUGCUUAGAAUCCAAAUGUGGAUUUUUUUUUUUUUUAACUCUUCGGCAAAGCUUUUACAAGAGCUGCAGAGAACAGAGCGUGCUCACCUCUGUGUAAGAGGUCUCUGUGGAUGUGCUCCAGCAGAGGGACUGUAUUUCGGUUCAUUCCCACCUGAUUAAUGGUCAGCUUCUGGCCCUCACGAAAAGCAAAACAAAAACUUAGGUGUUUGUCCCAAAACGCCUGGUAGGAGUGGGAGGUUUUGGCAUUCCUGCAACAGAGGGCAAGAGCCCCGAUCUGGAGGCCCUAGAUUCUUACCCCAGUCUCCUGUUCCCAUGGUGUAACUGUUCCCUCUCCCCUUUAGGUGUGGUGGUGUGGGAAGUGCUGGGUUGUUUGGUGUGCAAUGUGUGAGUGAACUUGUAUAAGAAGUGGCACUUUAGGGCUGUAAAAAGCAUGGUUUUGUAACCCAGAUUUUGCUGUAUAUUUGCGAUGGCACUUUCUAUAAUGUGAACUUUAUUAAGUACAAAACUUCCAGGCUAAACAUGCAAUAUCAUCUUUGAUGCUUUUGUACUUUUUUUAAAACUGUUAAAGCCCCAGUAGCUGCCUUUGGGCAUGUGUUUUUAAUUCUCCAGUGUUUUGUUGUUAAUAGGGAUCAGUUGGCUAAGUAAAGAUUUUAAAUCAAGUUGAAUUUUAAAUCAAGGGAAUAUGAAAAAUUCUGACCUCUUCUUUAAGAGGUAGUUAUCCUGAAAGACACGUGUCUAUUAAGGUGAUAAACUUAAAAGAUCUUUGGGUGUGUUCCUGGCAGUUUAAAAAAUAGGUUGGAGAAUUUAGGUUUUUAUUAGUACAUAGUACCAUUUAUAAAAAUUAGAAAUGUUAUUUAACAGCUGUUGAAUUAUCUCUAUAUACCUUUAUUAAUCACUAUCGUUCCAGCAGUUUUAAAGUUGAAUGAAUAAUCUUAUUAGGGAGAAAAUUCAAUUGUAAAUUGAAUCAGUAUAAACCAAGUUACUGGGUAACUUCAUAUUGCUCUGAAAGAAAUAUGGAACUUACACUGUUCAGUUAGAAUAGUGGUCUGCAAAAAUAUUUAUAAAACCUCUUCAAGAUACUUACUGCUACUGUAAUUUUAUAUGAAAAUAAGUGUAUUUUUCAAUAAAGCAUUUAUAAAUUAA